CUGCGGAUGUGAUGUAAGUCGUAAGUCAUUAGUCUGUAUCAAGUCAAGGGAAGGGAUGGUCUCUGUGCAGCCAGCUACGAGCGCUCGAUCCAGGCAGCCAGACAGCAAUACAUCAGACAGACAGACAGACAGACAACCGCUCGCAACCCCUCACUCACACAGUCCGCCAGCCAAUCAGGCUCGCUCAAUCAGCCACUCACAUAUGUACAUAGCAUAGAGUAAGAAGAAGACAGACAGACAGACAGGCCAACCAUGCCAGCCAACACAAAUAUAGUAUAUCUCUGUAAGCAGGGAGUAUGGUCCUCGCGCACACAAGUCAGACCAUAGGAUACAUCCAUCCAUCCAGGCAAGAAGAAGGAAUCAACGCAGGCAGACAGGCAGGCCGGCCGGUCUGGCUGCCUACAAACGGCAAAAAGCAAAUAGGAAGGGAAGAAAAAGAUACUGCUCGUACUUACAGCACCAGGUGCGGCGCUGUUUAUCUACCUUGAUUGAUAUGUGUGUGAUAUAGCAUCUCCCCUGGGCGGGGCGGGGCGGGGCUUGAGUGAGUGACGUACAGAUGAUAUCAGUCAGCCGUGCAAUGCACCCUCUCCCUCCCUCCACCCAUCCACCCAUCCCCCCACUAUCAUCAAUCAAUCCGUAGUCUGUCUUGCCUCUUUGUCUGCCUGGCAGGCAAUAGAUAGAUAUAUCGGUCGGUAUCUCAUUCAUUGACUCACCAGCCAUUCCACUGCUCCCACAUGUUCUCCAGCUCCGAGAAAUCGCCGCCACCCGCCGCCAUGCCCAUGCCUGCCUCGUGCGCAGCAGCCUGAGGGCGCACCACCGGCGACCACUGGGCCUGCCCGUUGCCGUUGCCGCGACGCUGUCCGCCCCGUCCUCGGUUCCUGCGACGGCCCCUGCGCCUCCCGCCACCCCCCAUGCCAUGGCCAGGCUGCUGCGGGAAGAAUCCUCCUCCCGCCGGCGACCCAGACGAUCCCGAGUGAGGGCUGGCUUCGGCGUAGUCCUGACGGUGGUUGUCCUGAUGGAAUGGGUUCAUGGGCGUGUGUGCAGGGGCCGGAGCCGGUGCGGGGGCCAAGGGGAAGCUCCCUGUCGUCGGUGGCGGGUGCUCCUUGUUGGCCUUAGGGCUGGGCUCGAUCUCACACUGGCAGGCUUUGUCGACAAACACGGGAAGACUGGGUGGUGCGGGAGGGGGAGCUGGAGCGGGCGGCGACGGGGUGGGGCGAUACAGCGGACUUGCACAUCCGAACGCCUCAGCCUGCUGAACGGAAUGAGACCAGGGAAGGAAGGUCCACAGACGCAGGCAGAGAGAAAUGCAGAGAGAGUAUGCAAAGAUGGACGGACUGACUAGUGGACUCUCUCACUCCCUCGCGCUCUUUCUCUCUUUCUCUCUCUCUCUGUGGUGUGGGGGUAUCAUUCCUUGCAAGCUUACAGGUGAUGCAUGGCCGUCACAUGGGUUAGCAGGGAGGUAUGGUGAGGCGACUGGGGGCUGCGGGACCACUGGCUGCACCACGGGCGGUGCCAGUAUCACCGGCGGAGCAACUCCAUUGAACUCAUUAGGAACGCCUCCUGCACACACGGGACAGACAGACAGACAGACAGACACACAUACAUACACGCAGGCAGGCAGGCAGGCAGGCCGGUCUAUGUGACGUGCACAUGUGUCUAGGACUGACUGGCUCACACACUCACUCACUCACCAUUUCGCUGAGCAGUAGAUGGUUGGUUUUGGUGGUGGUGGUUGAGCCGUGCGUUGGGCAGCCAGGCCGCCGGGCAGGGCACAUGCUCAGGAGGCGGUGGCACAGGCAUGAAGGGCUGCUGUCGAGGGGGGUAGAAUGAUACGCGGUUGCCCUGAGGAGGGGGAGGGGGCGGAGGGUGCACGUUGACGGGCGAGUGUGGCUGCCCCUGGCCGUAGUGGGACACGGGCUGCUGCCCCUGAAAAGUGGGGUAGUACGACGCGGGCUGCGUUGGGGGCUGCAGGAUGAUGGGCGGCGGGUGGUGGGUCGGGGCAGCUUGGUUGGUCGAAACUGCACACGCGCACACAAAGACGAGAGGGACACACAUGAGUAAAUGCCUAUGCCUGCGUCACGUCAGUGACCUCCCUGCACCUCCCUGCCUCGCUCUUGCUUGUAUCACUCACUCACUCACCGUAUGCGCUGUCCUGUGCUGGUUGGUUCUGCCCCAGCAACCGCUCACCGCCCGUGGGACGACUCGAUGCCCCUCCCGACACGCCAGCCCCCCCACUGCAAGAUGGCCCGGACACGCCAGCACCCUCUUGCCCGUUGGCAAAGGGAUGGCUAGGCAUCGCGACGUCUGGCACCACGACAGACGGCUUGUCGGGCUGUGGCUGCGGCUGCGGUUCUUUGGGCCCAUCCUGCGGGCCAUCAGCCAUGGUGGGGCUGAAUCCCGCUUGCCCGCCCGUCACACGCCUCCACACCGACUCGAAGGCAGCAAACUCCGACGGCCCCUCCCGCUGCAUCUCCCGUCCUCCCUCCUGCUGUCCCCGCUGUUGCCGUGGAUCGUCCCACACACCCAAGCGGCUGUUGUGCUGCCGUUCGUUGCACUGCUGCUGCUCGCGCCACAUCCUCUCCAGAGGCGAAAAGUCGUGGUCUGAAGCGGCCCCGCUCUCGCCGUUGCGUGUGGCCGCUGGGCGGGGAUUGACUUCUGGCCCACUCUGGCGGCGCGUGUGGUGGUUGUAGACGGACGGCAUCUGGCCGUUGGGGUUGUUGUGGUACCUGCGACUGGCCGACGGCUGCUGGUACUGCUCACCCCCUCCCCGCUGCGGACGGCGAGUCUGGCCAGCGGGUGGGGCCUGGGCCUGCUGCUGGUGAGUCGAUGAUGAUGCCGGGCCCGCAGUUGCCGGUCCAUCCAGUGCGCCCCCCAUGUCCUCCUCCGACCGGCGCUUCAGCUCAUCCUCUGCCGUCUUGAGGGACAGCUCCAUGGCUUUCCGCAAUUGUUCCUCCUCCAAGAAGUCCUCCAUCCGCUGCUUGUUCCACGCAUUGCCGACGCCGACCACUGGACUGCCGUCGGAGCGACCGGGGCGUGGGGCAGCAGGGCGCCCGGUGAGCUGCUGCACGUUGGUGGCGGGCGAGCGAUUGGUGGAUGACGUGUUAGGGGGCCUGCGGCUACUGGCACUGGAGGGCGAUGUGGCGUCCAGUGCACAGCGGGGUGCAGGUGACGCCUUCUCGGGCGAUGGGCGGGCUGGUCGGGCGGCCGACAGGCUGGGAAGGGGUAUGCGGCUGCUGGCGCUCGAUGGCGAGGUGUUGCUGUUGUCUUUCGCCGGUCGGGGUGCAGUUGCCUUCUCGGGUGCCCUCUCGGGUGCAGCUGCCUUCUCGAGAGGCGGCCCAGCACCCGCAGCACCCGCAGCACCCGCAGCACUCGCAGCACUCGCACCACCACCAUCAGCACCAGCCUUGCGCGACUCUGCCGACUUCUUUUUGUUCUUGCGGCCCUUCUUCUUGGCAUGUUUGGGGCCCUCCUCGCCCUUGCCCUCACUCUCGCCCUUGCCCACGCCCGCCCCGUCUCCGUCUCCGUCACCGCCAACUUCAACUUCAACGUCAACUUCAACUUCAACACCAGCACCAGCCCCACCAGCAGUGGCCUCACCGGCCCCGGCCUGCUCCUCGUCAGUGCGGCCGACGACCUUCUCCUUCUCCUUCUCGGCCACUCCAUUGCCGGACUUGCCGUCAAUCACGUCUGUCUUGGGUGGGACGGGUGGCACAGUGGCGUCUGAGGAAAUAAACAGAGCUGUUCCUGUCCGUGUGUGUGUUUGUGUGUGUGUGUGUGUUCGGAUCUUACCAGUCUUUGCAGGCGAUUUGCCGUUCUGUUGUGUCUUGUUCUUGUUGGCCGCUGCGGCCUGCUGGUCCGACGCCGCCGACAAGGGAGGGGUCGCCAAACCCUUGCUGUUGGGCGACUCGCUACCCGGCUCCUCCGUGGACGGCUCCUCCUUGGGGCCCUCGCCGUCGCCGACAUUCUCCUUUUCACCGUCUCCCUUCUCGCCCCCUGCAGCUGCAGCAGCAGCAGCGGCCGCCCUUGCGGCAGCAUUCUGCUCCUGCCUCGCACGUUGGAACAUCGAGCCCUUUUGCUUCGGUGGAAUCUUGGGCUUCGCCGCCUUGGCGCCCUUCUUGCCCUUGCCAGUGGCUUGGGUGCUGGAGGUCUUGGGGGGAGCUGCCGGGCGUGAAGGCGCUGCUGUGCGAUUGGGAGAGGGUGAGCGGCUGGAUGAUGCGUUGUCCGAUGAGGGUGGUGGUUUGGAUGGAGGGGGAGGGGGAGGAGGGCGAGAUGGCAUGGAGGACGCUGGGGCCGGCUGGGAGGGACGGACUGUCGGAGACGCUGAAGAACACAAAGGCAGAUGAAUAGAGGGGUGGGUACGACACUCAGCAAGCCAAGGGGGUGUUUUGGUAUGUCUACUGUGUGUGUGUUUGCGCACCAGAGUCUGACGAGUCCUCGCUGCGAUAAGAGGCCUCAUGGGCACCACCGCCACCACGGCGGCCGCCGAACAAACCACUGAAGAACCCGGAGCCUCCAGCUCCUCCAUCACGACCAACACCAGCUCCUCCAUCACGACCAACAUUAUGACGCUGGACGACAGAAAAGGACAAAAAGAGAGACCACACAAACAGGGGAACAGAGUGAGAGUGAUGGAUGUGUUGUGUGUGUGUCUGUGGGACUCAGGGUGGCUGUGUCAGUGAGUGGGCAUACCCGCGCGCGCGCCCUCUCCUUGCGCUCCUCCUUGCGCUCCCGCCGCUCCUGAGCCCGCCGCUCACGGCGAGUCGGGCCACCGCCACCGCCACCGCCACCGAAGCCGAACGACCGGCCGCCACCGAAACCGCCACUGGCACCGAAACCACCACCGAAACCGAACGACCGGCCGCCACCGUCUGGCGGGAAGAUGAUGUUACCGUCCUGCACGAUAGCAACCAACACACACAGGGCAUCAGUGCACUCAUGCGGGUGAUUCGUGUGGGUGUGUGGCGCACCUCGUCGUAGACCGUUACACCGCCAGGGAAGGUGGCAAAGAUGUGGUCAAACAUGUCCUGAGAACACCCAGUACACACACAAUUACGCUCCCUUCAUCCAUUGUAUGUGUGUCGUGUCUGUGUGUUGCUGCUGGCUGUUGCUAUUGCUGUGUUGACUGUUGCUGUGGUGUUGCCCCCUGACCGUACCGUGUAGUAGUCGGCAUCCUCCUCCAUCUCGUCUUCCGAGGCGAUUUCGCCCGUGUCGUCGUAGUGGGCCCGCUUGCGCGGGUCUGACAGCACCUCAUACGCCGCACCCAACGCCUGGAACUUGGAAGUGGCGUCAGGGUCUUCUUGGUUCUUGUCAGGAUGAACGCGCUGCAUGCCAUGGACAGAAGGAAGGCACACACACGUGAACGAAGGCAUGCAGGGGCGAGUGCGUCAAGGAGGUCCCCAGGCCCUCAUGCCCUUUUUUGUGCCGUCAGGGCUUACCCGUGCUUCUCGGUGAUAUGCCUUCUUGAGUUGGGCUUCGGUUGCGUCGGGCUGCACCCCGAGGCGCUCAUAGAGGCCCUUGGGGUCCGACUCGGACAUCAUGAUGACCCAAUGGUGACUUGGGAGGCCGAGCGAUGCGACAACCGACUAAUGGUCGACACGUCAACACACAAAUUCGCUGAACGGGUCCGGGAAGGUCAACAUGCGGCUGCCAGGUGGAGGUAGGAAUCUCGUGACGGUAGGAAUUCCUACGAUCGGUGCCGUCUCACCAAGACCUCUCUCAACAGAAACACAGAGGACCCGUUGGACUCCUAGGCUCUCCGCACGCAAUUCGAAGCCGGUGUUAACGAGCU